AUGAAAUACAACGCAUAUCACGCCCUGGCCGGCCUGCUCUCGCUGGCGGCCAGGACUGGAGCCGACCCAACAUGGCCCGCCGCCACGGACGAGAUGGAGGAAAUUGUGUACCAACUUCAGGGCUUCAAGGGAAGGGUGUUCAAUGAUAUUAUCACGCCUUGCAACAAUGAGGCUGCCGGGCCUGGAAGGGUGACGGCCUCGGAGUGGUUGCGGGUGGGAUUCCAUGACAUGGCCACCCACAACCGCGUCUUCGGCACCGGCGGGCUCGACGCCUCGCUUCAGUUCGAGCUCACAAACGGCGAGAACACCGGACCGGGCCACAACACCACCCUCAAGUUCUUCGCCAACUACUACUCAUCCCAAUCGACCAUGUCCGACCUGAUUGCCGCCGGAGUCUACGCCUCGGUCCGAUCUUGCGGAGGCCCCAUCAUCCCCCUUCGCCUCGGGAGGAAAGACGCAACAUCCGGUGGCAGCACCGGCGUACCGCAACCCCAAAACUCGGCGGAAACGUUCAGGCAGCAGUUCGACCGCAUGGGGUUCAGCACCGAAGAAAUGAUCCAGGUGACGGCGUGCGGACAUACCCUCGGCGGCGUCCACACGGAGGAGUUCCCCGAGAUCGUACCCGUGGGUACGGGAACGAACGGCCAGAAGUCGCUUGAUACCACGGAUGCCACGUUCGAUAACAAGGUGGUUACCGAGUACAUCUCUGGAACGACGCAGAACCCAUUGGUGGUCGGCCCAGCUGUUGCGCUCAACAGACACUCGGAUUUCAAGGUGUAUAACAUUGAUGGGAAUGCCACGAUGAACGGGCUGACUUCGGCUGAGAAUUUUAGGAACGUCUGCAAGACUGUUCUCCAGAAGAUGAUUGACACUGUACCCUCGGGCGUGACGCUGACGGAUCCUAUUGCUCCCUAUGCGGUUAAGCCUGUUGAUAUGCAGCUGACCUUGAACUCAGGAGGUAGCAGUUUUCUCUUGACCGGGUACAUCAGAGUCCGCACAACAAACCGGGCUUCUGGCGCCAUCAAGAAUAUCAAGAUGACUUGGAAGGAUAGGAAUGGGGGUUGCGCUUCCGGGUCGUGCUCAUAUACCGCCACCGUGCAAGGAGCUGGUACCGGGUUUGAUGAUACUUUUGAGUUCUACCCUAUUUCAACCAAUAUCCCCGCUUCCUCGGGCAUCUCCUCGUUCACAGUGACCAUCAACCUCAACGACGGCACCAGCGAGUCCUACGAUAACAACGGAAACUCCUACCCCUUGUCAGAUGCCAUCAUCCUGCAAAAGCCCCAGAGCUGUCUCCUCCAGACUUCUGGUGCACUCACUGUUUCUGCGCUCGUCCGCAACGACAUCACCACAACUCCCUCGCUAGGCAUCUCCUACCUCACUCCCCGCGGCGUCGUCCGCAACGGUAACCCCGUCCCCAUCCUCAGCAGCGCCACCGUCGCCAUGACCAAAGGCGACUGCAUCGGCCCCUACACUUUCUACUCCGCCAGCUACACCAUCGCCGGUGGCCUGAGUUACGCCGCCAAGCUCAGCGUCACGGCAGGUUCCAGCUCCGAUAGCUUCAACAAGGCCAGCGAUCUGUCAGGCAGCUGCGCCACCUUUUCGGGAACUGCGUCCUGCACCACGCCUGGUAGUGGUGGCGGUGAUGGUGGUGGUAACGACCCAGACGCCUCUUCCACCGUUGCCAGCACCGCUGCUAGCUCAUCGGCAGCCGAGCCAUCAUCAACCAGCAGCGUAGUCAAGGAAAUCAGCUCCAGCGAUGUUCCCAGCUCUACCACCACCACUUCAUCCUCAACUCCCACAGCCACCGGCCCCGCCAGAAAACUCACAGUGGCCGGCUACACCCGCCUCCGCUGCGCAACCGAAGGCUCGGGCGUGCGCGCCCUAACCGGCGCUUCCUUCGCCUACGACACCAUGACGCUCGAAUCCUGCGCCGCCAACUGCACAGGCUUCGCUUACUUCGGCACCGAAUACUCGCGCGAAUGUUUCUGCGGCAACACCCUGGCCUCUUCCUCCUCGGAGGCGCCCGAUAGCGAAUGUAACAUGCUGUGCGCCGGUGAUAGCACAGAGUAUUGCGGAGCGGGAAACCGACUUGAGCUUUACUCUACCACUGCGGGCACGGGGACGGGUACGGCAACUAGUAGUGCAGCACAGCCGACGGCUACCCUGGGAAGAAAGGACGCCGUGGGCGAUUACGUCUUUGUCGGAUGCCAGACUGAAGCUACUCAAGGCGGUAGGGCGCUGGAGGGCAAGUUCUGGGCUGAUGACGGGAUGACGCUCGAGGGGUGUGCGGAAGCUUGUGAGGGGUGGGAGUAUUUCGGGGCGGAGUAUGGGAGGGAGUGCUUCUGCGGCAACACCCUCCGCGGCGGUUCCGCUCCCGCUCCGCUGGCUGAUUGCAGCUUCACUUGUGCCGGUAACCCGUAUCAGUACUGUGGUGCUGGGAACAGGCUUGAGCUUUAUCGAUUGGCGAGUGCCAGUUCAUCAUCGACGAAGGCUAGGAAGAGGACUCGUGGAGAGAGAGCGAGGAGGCUGUAG